AUGAUACUACAAUUUCUCCGAAGUCUUUCUCGGAUUUUGGCGGGUGGGCUCGCUCUUGCCGAGGUUGGUGCUCAAUUCGCGGAGGACAAUGUGCGGAUUCUACGGCGGAAAAGGCAGUCGAAUACUGCUAGAACAAAGCGCAGGCUUCCGGAACUAGGCCCUCGCCUAGUUAAGGACUGUAAAAAGCAUAUUUCCGACCGUGCCGACCGAGAAAGACUACAAAUGUUCAACCGGUCGAAGAAAGCAUGGCGGGACGCCGCUAUUUUAAAAGCAAUUGAGGACGGCGACAUUGAGGAUACAGGUGAAAUUCAGGAGGAUCCCGAUACAGAAAUGGCCCCAGAAUGGAUAGAUAAUCUUUAUUAUGUUGAUACUACUGGGGACGUUAUUUAA